GUAUCAUCAGAAUUUCCCCCGUGGCAAAAGCCUCUGAUUGGGUCCGAAUGCAAAGCUGCUCUGAACUAUAAUAUUUGCCUCAUGAACGCGCACAGGAGACGGCUGUAGGAUUAUCGGAGAGAAAUAUCGCUCAUCAUCACUUUGUUUAUUCUCAUUGACAAAUGCGGGCGAGUAAGUGUGCAUGAGCCUAUGUGUGUGUGUGCGAGUGUGCGAGUGCGUGUCUGUUUAAGCCAAACUUUUUUAAGGAUGAUAUAUCUUGGAUAUUUCCUGUUUCUUUUUUGUGGGCUCACGCGUGUCAUGGCAAGUUACCCGAUAUGGUGGUCUCUAGCAGUGGGCCACCAGUACUCUUCACUGGGUACUCAGCCCAUCCUCUGCAGCUCCAUCCCUGGACUGGUCCCCAAACAGCUACGCUUCUGCCGCAACUACGUGGAAAUAAUGCCCAGCGUGGCGGAGGGAGUGAAAAUCGGCAUCCAGGAGUGCCAGCACCAGUUCCGCGGCCGCAGAUGGAACUGCACUACUAUCAAUGAUAACCUGGCCAUUUUCGGACCAGUGCUGGACAAAGCUACUAGAGAAUCAUCAUUUGUCCAUGCAAUUGCCUCUGCGGGAGUGGCGUUCGCCGUCACGCGUGCUUGCGCCGAGGGCUCGGCCACCAUCUGCGGCUGUGACACACGGAGGAAAGGACCACCGGGCGAGGGCUGGAAGUGGGGCGGCUGCAGUGAGGAUGUGGAGUUUGGAAGCAUGGUGUCACGUGAGUUCGCAGAUGCUCGUGAGAACCGGCCGGACGCCCGCUCUGCUAUGAACCGACACAAUAACGAAGCUGGACGAGGGUCAAUCACUGACCACAUGUACCUGAAAUGUAAGUGUCACGGCCUCUCGGGCAGCUGCGAGGUGAAAACCUGCUGGUGGUCGCAACCUGACUUUCGUGUGAUAGGUGACUACAUGAAGGACAAGUACGACAGCGCGUCUGAAAUGGUGGUGGAGAAACAUCGAGAGUCAAGAGGCUGGGUCGAGACUUUACGACCAAAGUACACCUUUUUUAAGCCCCCGACCGAAACUGAUCUUGUCUACUACGAAAGCUCACCCAACUUCUGCGAACCCAAUCCGGAGACUGGCUCAUUUGGUACCCGCGAUCGUGCCUGUAACCUGACGUCACACGGUAUCGACGGAUGUGACUUGCUGUGCUGUGGUCGGGGCCACAACACCCGAACUGAGAAACGCAAGGAGAAAUGUCACUGCAUUUUCCACUGGUGCUGCUACGUCAGCUGCCAGGAGUGUACUCGAAUUUAUGACGUCCACACCUGCAAGUAAGUUUCUGCGGACACCCAUACCAAAACCAAAUCGGACGUUAGGGGAUGUAAACACACGAGAGUCUUGAAAUGAGUUUGUGGUUUUCAUAAGAAGAAACCCUCAGAAAUGAGAUGUGGACAGUGAAGUGAUUCUAGAAAGUUAUCAGACAAAAAGAGAUCCAUAUAGGCUCGGUCCUCACCCUGACCAUUGUCGGGACCCGACUUGCUUCGCCAGGACCCUCUAGCUCAGAUUUGAAAGGGGGUAGUAGUUUCUGAUGUUGGUGAGGGAUGAAGGGGUGGAUCAGAUUCUUGGAGUCUCAGGCCCUUGGGACCUUGACCAAUUGUCACUCCAAGAAAAAAACUGAAAAACUUUGAAAGGGAGAGAUUUUAUAAGCAUGUGGCAGCAAGCUGUUCUCAGACAACAAAUGUCACCGAGAUGCCAGGCUUUGCCCACAAGUGCCUCUGAUAUAUGGUAAUUUAACAUUAUUAGAAAUAGCCUUAUUACUAACACCGUUAAAGAAGCUAUUUGUACCAUGCAACAUGCAUUCCAGCAAACCUGAAUACCAACAAAACGACUGCAUAAUAACUUCCUUCACACCACAUAUUACACUUCCUGUUGUUUCUGUAUGUACGACCAAAUGUAUGAACUAAUGUAUUAGGUUGAGUUUAUUGUUACUAACUCUAGGUUAUGAAUGCACUUGAUGCUCUUGAGUGAAUGUCCAUGCGUUGCAUAUAUGUCAGUGUUUUCCUACUUUGAUUUUUUUUAACACUUUUGAACCUGAAUGAAUGAACGGGAAUAUAAAGUAAAUAUAUAAAGUCUGACCACAUCAGGUAUUUAGAAUACGAUUAAGAACAAUUAUCUUUUUAAGCUAAAACAAACAAGCAUUAGACAGUUGUUAGGAAACUAAAGAUGUCAGCACUUCUGUCUUGUAAUGGCGCAUGAUAUUCAUUUGUGGCAUUUGUGUGUGGCAGUAUUAUUCAUGUUUUAGAGACAUUGAAGUCCAUGACAUUUCAACAUGAACAUACAGGUAUGUUGUGCUGUAUUCAGUAUCUGAAACACUUAAAGCAGGAUCCAAAAUUAACAUUAACAAUUGGCUGUUUUAAUAAACAACACAGCAACAUUUAAAAAAAAUUAAGGGGAAUUUGGAAAAUAUCCCAUAGUUGAAAAUCCAAUGUAAGAAUGCUGACCCCAACUGUUACCUCCAUAGUUGACUAGAGAACAUUUAUUUUUUGUAAUAACUUUUUACAUAGUGAUAUACUACAUAUAUAACUAAAAAUGAAAAAGAGGUACAGAUAUAUAAAUAUUUUCAUUUGUAUGUGUUUUAUUCAACCUUUUUGGAAUCUAUCUUAAACCACCCAUUAUCUGUGAAUCCAUGACCAAAAUUAAUGUCUUUAUUUUUACUUUUCUGUCCCAGUUGUACAUGAAAGUCAGCAACAAGUAAUGACACUGAACGACCCUCAUUUAUAUGCUGCUAACUAAUAACACGUUUGUCGUUCUAUUUAUGCCUGAUUGUAUGCUUGCGCAUUUGUGUUUCCCUAUUCGUCCUCUACAUAUAUCUCGAUGUUUGUAUAUAGUGUGUCUAUAUAUGUGCUCUUUGUUUUCUUCUUUCUGUGAAAGACACUGUGUAAACAUAGCUAAGAACUAAAAUGUGAAGUUUUCUACUAAUGGACUUUUGAUAGAAUUUGUAUUCUUUAACCAAAUAGAGAUAUUGUAACACUUUUGUGAAUCCUGUUAAAUGAUGGCUGAUGACAAGGCAUUUGUGUGAAAUGUUCGAAAAUUGAUCUUGAGAUGCAUUGAAUGUGGUGUUAUUAAAUGCCACACUGUAUUUAGUGAUAUCGUUCUGCAUUGAAAUAUGUAUGACCAAAUUUCGGAUGGAUACGUAGGGAAAAAUGACCAUAAUGACAAGCUGACUGUAUGUUACAUGGGUAAUAAGUAAAGAGACAUUGAAUAUUGAUUCAAGUCAUUCAUAUGUCAUAUGGAAAGAAAGUGACAGAGGAGUCUAAGGAGACCAAGCUAUUCUAGAGAGCCAUGUUUGAUUAUAAUAAAGUCCAAACAGUACGGUACAGCUAUUAUGAUCUAAAACACAGUUGUAUCCAGCUAACAUAUUCUGCAAAAGGUAAACUAAGUCAGUGUUAUAUCUCAUCCCAGGGAGAAGGCAGAGAGAAAGGCCAGCUUGUAAAAUUCUUUGGCAGACGUUCUUUUUGCAGAUCUUUCCAUCAAAGAAAUGAAUUCAAGUUUUCUCUUGCCCUGAGAAUCUCACACUGAUUUAAUCUCUCAUCAAUCAGGGAUCAUUUCAAAGCACAUGCCCCAUUGAGCAUUCCACAAAGCCCUGUUUAUUUAACAUAAUGAUCCUCCGCUAACUACAGAACCAAUACCUUUUGUUUUUCGCCAUACUUCAGUGCAUCUAGGCAUCAAACUUUCAGCCGUUUGCUUCCACAACACGGUUCGAUCUUAAAUUCCAAAGUUUUGUACAGACUAGUUCAGCGUGUUUAUGGAUUUCUAAAGUCUGAGGAUUUUUCUAUGAUUAUUUAUUUUACUGUAAUGUAUAUAUUAGUAAGAGUAUAUAUUUGCUGACAAAAGAUUAUUACUUGUGAGGAAAAUGUUGAUGUGUUGUAACAGUUUUACCUCAGUGUCUGUUGUUUUUUUCACUGACCACAUGGGAUGCACUGUAUGUCCUGCUUUC